AUGAGAACUGCGGCAAGGACUGAACCUGUAAAAACCACGAGACACGUGUGCGGCCGUUGUGGUAUGUGGUACAAGGAGUACAAGCAGCUGGUGGAGCACCUGUACUGGCGGCACGGGACGGAGAGUGCAGCGUGCAAGCAGUGCCGCCAGCGGAAAUGGGACUUCGCUCCCCACCGCUGUUAUGUACUCCCUCACCACGAUGCGAACUUUGAGUCUGGGAUGCCUCAAGACUGUCCCAGAUAUGAAUUUUGCUACUGUGGAGUAGAAAUAGAGGACUCCGCCAUGAUCGGAUGCGACGGGGCACAGUGCGCGCUGAAGUGGUACCACUUCCAGUGCGUGGGCAUUGUGGACCCGCCGGAUGGCGAGUGGUUCUGUCCACAGUGCAUUUCGCAGAAAAGUGAACCUCGACAACAACGAACAAGACAACUAGACAAAAAUUCUUCGAAGCGGCGGAAACGAGAUGUGACGUCUUUUACGUGA